GAGCUUGAGGCAAUGUUCGAACGCACCGACUUCGAUGCUGUCGGACCGCUCUUCAAGGAAUACUUCAGCAUCACGAUCGAACACAGUGCUGGCGCCGUUGACUACACCAGCCGUGACAUUUACGACCCAGCUGUCCCUGACUCCCCUGCUCACUCUGCCUCAUCACAGCAGCAGCAGCAGCAGCAGCAGCAGCAGCAGCAGCAGCAGCAGCAGCAGCAGCAGCAGCAGCAGCAGCAGCAGCAGCAGCAGCAGCAGCAGCAGCAGCAGCAGCAGCAGCAGCAGCAGCAGCAGCAGCAGAAGGAGCAGCAGCAGCAGCAGCAGCAACAGCAGCAGCAGCAGGUGCAGCAGCAGCAGCGGAUGGAGCAGCAGCAGCAGCAGCAGCAGCAGCAGCAGCAACAGCAGCAGCAGCAGCAGCAGCAGCAGCGGAUGGAGCAGCAGCAGCAGCAGCAGCAGCAGGAAGUGCAGCAGCGGAUGGAGCAGCAGCAGCAGCAGCAGCAGCAGCAACCGCAGGCAGUGCAGCAACAGCAGCCGCAGCAGGAGGUGCAGCAGCAGCACCAGCAGCAGCCACAGCAGCAGCAGCAGCAGCAGCAUCAGCCACUGCAGCAACCUCAUCGGCAUCGCCGCACCACCUCUCCCCUUUUCCUUCGCUCCUCUCCCACCCGCUUCUUCAUCCUGGUGUAUGUCGACGACAUGAUCCUGUUCGCCGACGAUGCUGCCGCCAUGCAGCAAGUGAAGGACGCCCUGCAUGCGCGCCUCAAGUGCAAGGACCUGGGUGAGCUCAAGCACUAUCUGGGCAUGACCAUCACCCGGGACCGCACAUCGCGCACCAUUACCCUCUCUCAGUCCUUCUACAUCGACCAAGUCUUGCAGCGGUUCGACAUGGCGCAGGCGAAGCCGGUUACCACUCCCCUGCAGACCGACCACCAGCUUGCCCCUCCUCCUGCUCCCUCCUCCUCUGACCAUCCUUACGCUGAGCUCUGACUCCUCCUGGGCUGACUCCCAGCCGGA